AUGACACCCUGCGACAACACCAACACCUCAACAACCUGGUGCUGCGGCAACACCACCGACUGCUGCGGUACUCCGGACGCCAUCACCAUCGCGCCGGUUCUGGGAGAACAUAUUAGCAUUCCUACUCCGACGUCAUAUGCUUCGUCAUCUACAACCACAGACAUAGCUAUUCCUGCAGCUACAUCUACAUUUACACACACUACAGAACCAACUCCCUCAAAUCCCACCACCACAUCCUCCAUCUCCAUCGCUACAACAACCUCAACACCAUCAACAACGCAAACCCAACCCUCCUCCCCAACUGAAACAACACAACCAGAAGAAGGUCUCCCCGGCCUCUCCAACGGCGUAAAAGCCGGUAUAGGCGUCAGCGUCAGCGUCGCCGUCCUGAUUAUCUUCGUGGCAGCUGCGUUCCUUCUCCGUCGUCUUCGGAGACCGAAGGUUGUGGUGGAACGAGAGUUUGUGAGUUCGGUGGCGCUGACGCCGACUUCGAUGCCGAUGCCGAUUAUGCCGAUGGGUGGGUUGAGGGGCGAGGGGAGGGAGGUAAUUCAUGGGUCUCUGGGUGGAAGGCCAGGUGGAAGUGGGAACGAGGGGUAUAUAAGGGAGGAUGGGGUUGGGAGGGUGUUUAUGUGA